AGCACAAUUAGUAGCCGACGCGAAACAAAGCCAGGCGCACGCGCCUACAUCGUUACCGCUACAACCUUUUUGGUAACAUAGAGGUCGUAUAGGUACAUGAAAAAAAAAAAAUUAAGAAAAUUAAUUUUUAAAUUACAAAGCCAAAGUUCUUUUUUUAAACUUAUUAAAAAAAAACGCGCGCUUUUCGUAGUGUUGCUAUUAUUUAAAUUUUCUUAUCGACGUCCUAGAAGCACAUUGUGAAUAAAUCAAGAUGUUCCGCAGCGGUCUACUGGGUAAGCUGGGCGACUUCUACAAAUGGUACGUCCUCGGUCUUGUCUCCGUCGGCUACAUAUUGGGAGAACUUGGACAUUAUCUCAUAGGUACGACAUCAAAAGUCACAGCGGAAGACCUUCAUUACGGCGACAAGUCUUGCAUGCUGAACGCCACACAUCUGUCGCUUAGCCAACUUCCAGUUGUUUGUGAGAAGGUUAAUUCUUCUGAAAUAUGCGAGUCCUUAACUCUGAACGGCACACGGUACUGCGAAUGGGGCUACAAUGGCCUCGGCAUCGACUAUCAAGUCCUGGCUGGACCUGCCUUCAUGGCGGUCUUCACCGUUGUCGGAGUUGUACUCGGAGUGGUCGCGGAUAAAUACAAUAGGGCGCGCAUUCUCUCGAUUUGCACUCUGGUUUUCGUUGUCGCGAUUCUCCUCAUGGGCACGGUGACAGAAUACUGGCAUCUCGUAGUACUCCGUAUGGUCAUGGCGGCAGGGGAAUCAGGCUGCAAUCCCUUGGCGACAGGAAUCCUGACAGAUCUGUUCGCUGAGCACCAGAGAGCCUUGGUCCUGUCCAUCUUCAACUGGGGUAUUUAUGGAGGAUACGGUAUAGCUUUCCCGGUUGGAAGGUACAUCCCUGACUUGAACAUUUGGGGUCUGAACUGGCGCUUGUGUUACUACGGAGCUGGAGUCGUGGGUCUGGUGAUCGCUGCCCUGACGUUCCUCACGCUUAAGGAGCCUGAACGUACCACCAUCGGUGAAGAAGGUAACACGAAAAGCAACGACGCAACUCUGGAAUCUGGUAAAAAGGUGCCGCAGGUCACAAUCUGGCACGUCAUCUCCCAGCCCAGGAUACUGCUCCUCUGCUUAGCCGCUUCGAUCAGACAUUGUGGUGGUAUGUGCUUCGCCUACAAUGCCGAUCUGUACUACCGUGACUACUUCCCCGACGUCGAUCUCGGCUGGUGGCUGUUCGCUGUCACGGUCGGCAUUGGAUCCGUUGGUGUUGUCGCCGGCGGGAUUAUAUCAGACAAAUACGUAGCGAAAAUGGGGAUUAGGUCCCGAGUGCUUGUGCUCGCGUUGUCCCAGCUGAUAGCUACCUUACCUUCGUUCGGGUCCGUCGUCUUCGGCCCGCUUUGGGCUAUGAUCACCCUGGCCUUCGCAUAUUUCUUUGCCGAGAUGUGGUUUGGCAUUGUGUUCGCGGUAUUGGUGGAGAUCGUGCCCUUGUCCGUGCGUUCCACAACCGUCGGUGUCUUCCUCUUCGUUAUGAACAACAUCGGAGGAAAUCUGCCAAUUCUGGUCGACCCCGUUUCCAAGGCCAUCGGUUAUAGAGAAGCCAUCAUGAUUUUCUAUGCCGGAUUUUAUGGCAUCAGCAGCAUCCUGUUCUUCUUGACAAUGUUCCUGAUGGACGGACCGGUUGAGAAACAGGAAGAAACAACGACACCCACAGGAUUGGACAACAGAGCUUACAGCCACGACGAGCUCAGGCAAACGAGAGCAUUACCUAACUCACCUAACAGUAGAUUAUAAUCAUAAAGAGCCACGCCUUCAAUUUUUAUAGUAGAACGGCAAUAAGGCUAUUGUUUUGUGUAAUGGUAACCCAGUGCUUGGAAAGUGAUGUGCUUGUAAAAUAUACAUACAGUACGAUACAUAUUUUGGUGAUUACUGUGAACCUCAAACCAUUUAUUUUCAAACUUAGUACUUUGAUACAGUGUUAAAAAGUUUUUGUGCUGCCAAUUACAGGGUGUUAUUUCGAAUGUUGUACGUAAUUGUAGUCCUUGAUACUUACAAAUAACAUUAUACAUUUAACUUGUCAAAUUUAACUGAAACCGCCUUUGUUUAGUUAAAAUUAAGAUUUAAAUGACUUAAUAUUAUAAUCAUCUUUCAAGUUAGGCCCUAUCUAGUACUAAAUGGGGUCUAAAACACUUGAGCCAAAAAGUUAUUCAAUUGAAACAAAAAAAAAAUGAUACCAAUGAGAAAAUGUUCAAGAUCUUCAGAAAUAAUACUGUUAAGAUUUUUAGAUGUAAAAUUUACAAUAGGAAUUUAGUUUUAGUAAUUAGUUGUUAUAAUUUAUUUGUUUGAAGUACAACAAUAGCUUUGAUCGUCUUUUAUAUUUCGUUUAUAACCUCCAACUCGGCAACUUCCUGACAAUUCCACGCGAGCAUUUUCUUUAUGUAAAUUUAAAAUUCGAGAUAGGGCACCACUGUAUUUUCAGUUUUUUCUGAAAGUUUUAUGUAGGUAGGUACCUAUUUACGCUAAAGUUUAGACCCAAAAACUGCUCGCCGUUGUAAGAAAACAUUUUGUAAUGUAUUCAAUGUUGUAUUUUUCUACAUAUUUAUUUGUUAGCAAUACUGUAAA